AAGGAUCGUGUUAGAGUGGUAGGUUGCGCUUCUUAGAAAAGUAAACCUAAAUUGAAUUAAGUACCUAUAUGAGAUGCGGUAAAAUAUCUCUGAGGCAGACUGUAGCUUCAUCAUGGCUGUACGAGUUGCGACCGCUAGUAUUGGUUUUCAUCGUCAAGGCAACAUGUCUACCAGGGAAACAUAACAUCAGUGGACUAUACAAUGUCGUAUAACAAGACAAGUCUUUAGCGAACGUGUCACUUUAAAAUAACAAGUGAUUUACUUCAGAAAUAUAGUGCACUUUGCUUGACACCUCGCGGAAAUCUAGGUGGUUUUUUAUGAAAAUAUAUUGAUUUAUUACGUUAUGGAACACGAGAUUUUCGCUACAAAUUUGAGAAUUUCUAAGACUUGCAGGACAGUGAAAUCGUCUAAGUAUGAGAGUGGAACGGCCCAUCUGGAUAAUAAACAAUAUUGGGACACAGUGUUCACUGAACUGGAUGGGUCGUCACGUACACCGUCACCAGACGAUGAAAGUAGGCGGAUGGCUGAAGUGCUGCCGAAAAAUUUGUAUGAAAAAGUCUGUCGGACAUUGAACAUCCCUAUGAGUCAUGGCAGAGACGAAGAUGAAGUUAACAUAUCUUCAGUCUGCGAGCCACGACGAAAGAAGAAAUCUCCGAUGUUGUCAUACAGGAAAACUCUGUCCAUUGAUAGAGAGAUGGACUCUGAUACAGAUGUCGAAUUAUCACCGAGGGAUGAAAGAACAGCCCACGUGAACAUUCACCAGGAGUUCCUGCGGCGGCCGGAGCGGCAGCAGGUCACGUGGAGCACCAGGUACCUGCAGCCCGAGCGUGAUGAUGAGAAGACCCUCGUCAGGAGAGCUGAUGAUCUUACUGACCGGAUCGCAGAAGAGUUCUGCCAAUAUAUGAAAGAAUUGGGAGGUGACCAGCAAUCGCAGCUAUUCACCCCAAAAGCUAUCAAAGAACUGUUUCAGGUUGAAUUUGAUACUCACGUGGCCCGAAGUUUGAAAGUGGAUCCGAGAGAGCUGCCGGCUGUGCAGGAAAGAGUUGCAAAGAUAUCAAAUGCUCCAGAGAAAUCCCGAGAAGCAGUGCUAGAAUCAGAAAUUUCCAACGACAUCCGCGCUGAGCGUCGGCCCGACCGCCUCACUGGCUUCGGGAGGGGCCUCCCACGCUCAGAGCAGUGGGCGGCUCCCCACAACGACACCAUGAACCUGUGGCGGUCCGCCAAACACGUGCCUAAGGACUUGGUCACGCUUAAAACUGUUUGGGAAGGCAUCACCAAUCUAAGAAGCGUCAAAGAGUACUGUCGCUGGAUGAUCAGGCAUCCGGAGCACCGGCGGGCGCCGUACCUGCGCAGCCUCGGCCUGUUCGACCCGGCGGUGCUGCAGGCUCGGCUCAGCGCGGAGCCCCGGCCGGACCCCACGCCCCGACCGGAGCCCCCGGUGCCGAUAGAGGCUAUUAAACGCAGACUGUCUACGCUCACUGGGCCGAGUUGAAAUUGUUUUGAAUUCUAUUUUUAUACAUGGUUUAUUUACAUCAUAAAAGUAAAUAAAGUAAUGGUUUAGA